AUGGGCAAAAAAGAAGAAUUAAAAACCGUUGGAAGUACACCAUUAGAUUCGAUUGAUGAUGAUAAAUCGAAAUCGAAGAAAGAAGAUACAAAAACAGAAUCUGAAGCAAAGGAUAAGAUAACAGACUCUGAAGCAAUCAAAGAUGAUAAAGUAAUUGGGGAGAAGGAUAAAACAAAAAAAGACGAGAAAGAUGAUGCACCAAUUGAAGAUAUUCCACUUGACGAUGAUGAAGUAGAAGUAAAAGAGACAGUUAAUGAAACAAUUACAAAUGCCACACCUCCACCUCCUCCUACAAGACCAAAAGAUCCAGUGCAACAGAUAACUCAAGAUUUGAAAGAUGCAUUUCCAUCAAUUGAAGAAAAACUUAUCACAGCAGUAUUGAUUGCAUCUCAAGGAAAUCCAGAACCAGCAUUUAGUGCAUUACUUUACAUAUCUGAUCCAAGUUUUGAACCUGAAAUUCCAGUUUAUCAGAAUCCUUCUAUUAAAAAUCAAGCUCCAACCACUAAUGUUGAAUCUGUAGGAUUUACAGAUGAUGAAAUAUUAGCAAGAAAAUUACAAAAAGAAUUUGAGUUAGAAGAUGAAAGAAGAAGAAGAAGAAAUCAAGAAAGAAGAAGAGAUAGAGGGGAAAGGGAAAGAGAUCCUCAAGCAAGUAAUCGUCAACAUCGUCAGAAUUUAAAUGAUUAUGAGAGAAACUAUUAUGAAGAAGAAGAAAGUCCAGAUGAAUUUGAUCAAAUAAAAGAAACUUUUACUCAAGGAUUAGAAGAAGCUAAAUCAACAUUAAAUGGAUGGGUAUCUGGAUUAGCUAAAAAAUUUGAUAGUGCAACAGCAAAUAGACAACAACAAGAACAAAGAGAAAAUGUGACUACAUUUGGUUCAAAAUCUCAUAGAGAAGGUGGUAAUAAUUUUGGAAAUUUAGGAGGUACACGAUAUUAUGACGAGCUUUAUAAAGGUAAGAAGACAAGAUUUGAUGAAGAUCCAGAAAUAAUUACAACUGAUUUUCAUGAUAAAAUUAGAUUAAGUAAAGAAAAUGAUGAUAAUGAAGAAACCAUGCCAAGUCCUCAUUUACCUACAAGACCAAGAAAUUCAACUGAAUUACAAUCAGAUACCCCUUCAUCUAUUAAAUUAAACGACAAUACAACGGAUACUACUAAAAGGAAACAACCUUGGCAACCUGAAGAUCCUCCAGCUGAUUCUGAUGCAUUUUUGGUAGAUGAUUCGGAAGAAGAAGAUGUUGAAGUAACACCAGCAACAAAUGAAGUGAAGAAAUAA